AUGGCUUCUGCAGCACAGCAACACGUAGACAAGGAGUCGUAUAGCUCGCGGCAACAUCGAUCAGAGCUUAAGAAGAUGGCCGACCUACCUUCUGAGCUAGAGAAGGAAUUGGACGAUCUGGAUACCCAGUUUUGGAUUCCAGGAGAAAAGUUGAAGGAAAUCGUCAAGCGCUUCCGCGAGGAGCUUGAUGAAGGUCUGGCCAAGCAUGAGCAGAACAUCGCCAUGCACCAAACCUGGGUACAUCGCCUGCCUUCUGGUAAUGAGAAGGGGACUUUCCUCACCCUUGAUCUUGGAGGAACGAACUUGAGAGUCUGUGAGAUAACGUUGCGUGGUCACGAGAAAGAGGGGGCAGAGAAGACCGAGCUCAACCAGGAGCAAUACAAGCUGCCGGAGGAACUCAAGAAAGGCGACGCAGAUGGCUUGUUUGACUUCAUUGCUCAAGAGCUAGAAGACUUUGUGAGGUCGAAAGGUCUGGACAAGAAAUACUCCAAGGACAAGCCGAUGCCGCUGGGUUUUACGUUCUCUUACCCAGCAACGCAAGCGCGAAUCGACCACGCUGUACUCAAGACUUGGACAAAAGGCUUCGACAUCAGCGGCGUAGAAGGCCAAGACGUCGCGCGACAGCUCCGCGAGAAGAUUGAGAAACGAAGUCUGCCAAUUGAGAUCAUCUGCGUUAUCAAUGACACUGUCGGCGCAAUGAUUGCAUCCGCCUACAACGAUUCUAAAACCAUCAUCGGGGCCAUCUUCGGCACUGGCUGCAACGCAGCCUACAUGGCCAGUCUGUCCGACAUUCGCAAGAUCAAGCCCUCAGACAGAGACACCAUAGAAAGCCAAUAUGGCAAGAACAGCAAAAUGGCAAUAAACUGCGAAUACGGUGCCUUUGACAAUGCGCACCGCGUCCUCCCCUGGACCAAAUACGAUCAGCAGAUCGAUGCCGAUAGCCCACGACCAGGCGAACAAGCCUUCGAGAAGCUCUCCGCAGGUCUGUAUAUGGGAGAAAUCUACCGACUCAUCAUGCUCGAUCUUGCAGAACGGGGCCUUGUAUUCAAGAACCAGGACGUGAACAAGCUGAGAGCAAGCUACUCCAUCGACACAGGCUUCCUAUCACAAGUUGAAGACGACGAAUCCCCGACCUUCUCAAAGUCUCGCCACCUUUUCAAAAACACGCUCAACCUCGAGCCCAGCGAUAUUGAGAUCGAGCUCUCCCGACACAUUACCGAGUUAGUUGCCGUCCGCGGCGCCAGACUGUGUGCCUGUGGCGUUGCUGCGAUUUGUACCAAGGAGUACAUCGCCGAGGGCCAUGUCGCGGCAGACGGGAGUGUAGCGAACAAGCACCCCAAGUUCAAGAAACGGUGGGCCAGGGCGCUGGGCGAGAUUCUGGAUUGGAGUGAGGCUGAAAAGAAGGAAGGCGAGGGGCCGAUCAAGAUUACGAGCGCGGAAGACGGGAGUGGGAUUGGCUGUGCUAUCAUCGCUGCUAUGGAGCUGGAGAGACGGGGCAGGGCGCAGAACAUUGUAUAG